UGGUCAGCGCUCGCCGCCUCGCUCGGAGCUGGGUGCUCCUUCGCCUGCCCGGGACUCGCGCACGCGCACCGUCCGCCCCGCGAGAGAGACCGCCUGCGAGCGAUACUAUGGUGGAUUACCACGCAGCAGGGCAGCCGACUUACCAGUACGGCGGCAAUGGGCCGGGCAUCAGCGACUACAUGGCCCAGGAGGACGACUGGGACCGAGAUCUCCUGCUCGACCCAGCUUGGGAGAAGCAGCAGCGCAAGACCUUCACAGCGUGGUGCAACUCCCACCUGCGGAAGGCCGGCACGCAGAUCGAGAACAUCGAUGAAGAUUUCCGCGACGGACUCAAGCUCAUGUUGCUGCUGGAAGUCAUUUCAGGGGAGCGGUUACCAAAACCUGAGAGAGGAAAGAUGAGAGUACAUAAGAUCAACAAUGUGAACAAAGCUCUCGAUUUCAUCGCAAGCAAAGGAGUCAAGCUGGUUUCCAUAGGAGCUGAAGAAAUUGUCGAUGGCAAUGCAAAGAUGACCCUUGGCAUGAUCUGGACGAUCAUCCUCCGGUUUGCCAUUCAGGACAUCUCCGUGGAAGAGACCUCGGCCAAGGAAGGCCUAUUGCUUUGGUGCCAGAGGAAGACUGCGCCCUACAAGAACGUUAAUGUGCAGAACUUCCACAUAAGCUGGAAAGAUGGCCUCGCUUUUAAUGCCUUGAUCCACAGACACAGACCAGAACUAAUUGAAUACGACAAGCUAAGAAAGGAUGAUCCAGUCACAAAUCUGAACAAUGCCUUUGAGGUUGCUGAGAAAUACCUUGACAUUCCCAAGAUGUUGGAUGCAGAAGAUAUUGUCAACACGGCCCGUCCUGACGAAAAGGCCAUUAUGACCUACGUUUCCAGCUUCUACCAUGCCUUCUCUGGCGCACAGAAGGCUGAGACAGCUGCAAACAGGAUUUGCAAAGUGUUGGCUGUGAACCAAGAAAAUGAGCACUUGAUGGAAGACUAUGAGAAGCUGGCUUCUGACCUGCUGGAGUGGAUUCAGCGCACCAUCCCCUGGCUGGAGAACCGCGUUCCUCAGAAGACCAUGCAGGAGAUGCAGCAGAAGCUGGAGGAUUUCCGCGACUACCGGAGGGUGCACAAGCCCCCCAAGGUGCAGGAGAAGUGCCAGCUGGAGAUCAAUUUCAACACCUUGCAGACCAAGCUGCGGCUAAGCAACCGGCCAGCCUUCAUGCCCUCCGAGGGGAAAAUGGUUUCGGAUAUUCACAAUGGCUGGCAGCACCUGGAGCAAGCAGAGAAAGGCUACGAGGAAUGGCUGCUGAACGAGAUCCGGCGGCUGGAACGGCUGGACCACUUGGCCGAGAAGUUCAGGCAGAAGGCCUCCAUCCACGAAGGCUGGACCGAAGGCAAAGAGGCUAUGCUGAGGCAGAAGGACUACGAGACGGCCACCCUGUCGGACAUCAAAGCCCUGAUCCGGAAGCACGAGGCGUUUGAGAGCGACCUCGCAGCACACCAGGACCGCGUGGAGCAGAUCGCCGCCAUCGCCCAGGAGCUCAAUGAGCUGGAUUAUUACGACUCGCCCAGCGUCAACGCCCGGUGCCAGAAGAUCUGCGACCAGUGGGACUCCCUGGGAUCGCUGACCCACACCCGAAGGGAAGCACUUGAGAAAACAGAGAAGCAGUUGGAGACCAUCGAUCAGCUCCACCUGGAGUAUGCCAAGAGGGCAGCCCCCUUCAACAACUGGAUGGAGAGUGCGAUGGAGGACCUGCAGGACAUGUUCAUUGUGCACACCACCGAGGAGAUCGAGGGCCUGAUCGCAGCCCAUGACCAGUUCAAAUCCACCCUGCCCGACGCAGACAAGGAACGGGAGGCCAUCCUGGGUAUCCAGAGUGAAGCACAGAGAAUCGCGGACUACAAUAACAUAAAGCUCUCUGGGAACAAUCCCUACACUUCCGUCACUCCACAGAUCAUCAACUCCAAGUGGGAAAGGGUGCAGCAGCUGGUCCCCAAGCGGGACCAUGCCCUGCAGGGCGAGCAGAGCAAGCAGCAGUCCAACGAGCACCUGCGCCGACAGUUCGCCAGCCAGGCCAACAUCGUGGGGCCCUGGAUCCAGACCAAGAUGGAGGAAAUUGGGCGCAUCUCCAUCGAGAUGAACGGCACCUUGGAAGACCAGCUGAACCACCUCAAGCAGUACGAGCUGAGCAUCGUGGACUACAAGCCCAACAUCGACGUCCUCGAGCAGCAGCACCAGCUCAUCCAGGAGGCGCUCAUCUUCGACAACAAGCACACCAACUACACCAUGGAGCACAUCCGUGUCGGCUGGGAGCAGCUCCUCACCACCAUCGCCCGGACCAUCAAUGAGGUGGAGAACCAGAUCCUCACCCGGGAUGCGAAGGGAAUCAGCCAGGAGCAGAUGCAGGAGUUCCGGGCCUCCUUCAACCACUUCGAUAAGGACCACGGCGGCUCCCUGGGACCCGAAGAGUUCAAAGCUUGCCUCAUCAGCUUGGGAUACGAUGUGGAAAAUGACCGACAGAAACGCACGGGGAGCAUGGACACCGAUGACUACCGAGCCCUCCUUAUCUCCACGGGAUACAGCCUGGGAGAUGCAGAGUUCAAUCGGAUCAUGAGCCUUGUGGAUCCCAACCAGAGCGGUGUGGUGACCUUCCAAGCCUUCAUUGACUUCAUGUCCCGGGAGACAACAGACACGGAUACGGCGGACCAAGUCAUUGCCUCCUUCAAGGUCCUGGCUGGCGACAAGAACUACAUCACAGCGGAGGAGCUGCAGCGAGAGCUUCCCCCGGAUCAGGCCGAGUACUGCAUUGCCCGCAUGGCACCUUACCAGGGGCCCGACGCCACCCCCGGAGCCCUGGACUACAAGUCCUUCUCCACGGCGCUGUAUGGCGAGAGUGAUCUGUGAGGCAGAGAGGGCGGCGGCAGCGGAAACAGCAAGCGCUGGCGCUUCUGG